AUGCAACUAUACAGUCUAACUUUACAAAAAAGCACAGGAAUACAAAAGGCUAUAUACGGAAAUUUCUCAGGACCAAAAGCCCAAGAGAUUGUUGUAUCCAAAGUAAAGCAUAUUGAACUUCUGAAGAUUAAUGAGAGCAAAACAAUAGCAUCACAAGAAGUAUUUGGAAUAAUACGUUCAAUUCAUUCAUUCAGAUUUCCUGGAAAUAAUAGAGAUAACUUGGUUAUUGGUAGUGAUUCAGGUCGUGUAGUAGUAUUGGGUUUUGAUGGAUUGAAAAACAUGUUUGUAAAAGUGCACUAAGAAACUUAUGGAAAAACAGGAUGCAGAAGGAUAGUUCCUGGUUAAUAUUUGGCAUGUGAUCCUAAAGGGAGAGCAUUUAUGAUAAGUGCUGUAGAAAAACAUAAAUUUGUAUAUAUAUUAACUAGAGAAAAUGAAAAAAUAACAAUAUCCUCUCCUUUAGAGGCGCCAAAAUCUCAUACUAUUGUGUUUGAUAUUGUAGGGUUAGAUGCUGGUUAUGAUAAUGCUUAAUUUGCAGCAAUAGAAUCAGAUUAUGGGGAUUGGCAAGACAAGGACAGUGCAGUUUGCACAGGUAUAUAAACAAAAUUCUUAACAAUAUAUGAAAUGGAUUUUGGAUUGAAUACUGUGAGAAGGUAAAGAUCGGAUCCUAUUCACAUUUCUUCUCAUGCCUUAUUAAUGGUUCCUAAUGCACCUGAUGGCCCAGGAGGUGUUAUAGUGUUAUGCGAAGAUUUCUUGCAUUAUCGAGGGCCAAAGAAUUAGGAAAUGAAAGUGCCAUAUCCAAAAAAUUAAGGAAUGCCUACUGAUAGAGGGGCAAUGAUAAGUUCAUUUGGAUUUUAUAAAUAAAAAUCAUCCUUUUUAUAUUUGUUAUAAUCAGAGUAUGGUGAUUUAUUUGAAUUAUCAUUACAAUUCACUAAAGAUGAGGUUCAUUCAAUAAGAAUGAUCUAUUUCGACACUAUUCCAGUGGCUAAUAGUCUAUGUUUGAUGAGAAGCAAGCAUUUGUUUGCAGCUUGUGAGAAGGGAAAUCAUUGUUUCUAUAAAUAUUAAAGAGAGGAAACAAACACAAAUAUAAUCUGUACAGAUUCCAGUAUGGCUUUGGAAGAAUAAAUAUUUUUUAAGCCUUAAAAGCUUAAGCAUUUGUCACUCUUAUAGGAACUCAAUAAUUUUAGUUGUAUUAGUGAUUUGAAGGUGGCUGAUUUAGCAAAGGAAGGUAAUCCAUAAAUAUAUAUUUGUUGUGCUGCUGGUAAUAGAUCAACUUUAAGAGUCCUAAGACACGGUUUAGAAAUAACACAAUUGGCUAAUACUAAUUUGUAAGCAAAACCAUUAGGAAUUUGGACUUUAAAGGAAAGAUAUGAAGAUCCAGUCCAUAAAUAUAUAGUGAUAUCGUAUAUUAAUAAAACUCUAGUCUUGAAAAUUGGAGAAAAAGUCGAGCAAGUUCAUGAUACUGGAUUGGAGGGAACAAAGCAAACAAUUCAUGUAGGAACAUUGAUAGAUGAUUCCUAAAUUCAAAUAUUAACAAAUGGAUAUCGACAUAUUAGAAAGAAUAAGCCUCCUACUGAUUACAUUAUAGAUGGUAAGGUAAUCAAGGGAGUUUCAAAUGAAAAAUAAGUAGCAUUCGCCUUAGCUGGAGGAGAUGUGUAUUAUUUUGAAUUGGAUACUACAAGUUUUUAAGGAAAUUUGAUAGAAAUUACAAAGGAUUAAAUGGAUAAUGAAAUUAAAGCCUUGGAAUUGGGCCCUAUCGAAGAGGGAAGAUAGAGGUGCAAAUUUUUGUGUGUGGCUUUGAGUGAUUAGACUAUUAGAUUAUUGAGUUUGGAACCUGAAUCUUGUUUUGAAAGAGGAGCCAUGCAAGCUUUGCCCAGUGAGGCUGAGAGCUUGUGUAUGAUGGAGAUGGCAUCUGAAUAGGAAGGUUAAUAAAGUUUUACUAAAUAGUUAUUUUUAUUUAUAGGGUUAAAUAAUGGUCUUCUAAUGAGAACUUCAGUUGAUUAAUUGUCAGGAGGUUUGUCUGAUACAAGAACAAGAUAUUUAGGAACAAAGCCUGUGAAAUGUCUCAGAAUUAAUGCUAAUUAACAAUAGGCGAUGUUGGCUUUGUCCUCUAGAUCAUGGUUAUGUUAUAAUAAUAGUGGUCGAAUAUUCAUGCAACCAUUAUCUUAUGAUUAUUUGGAUUAUGCUUCAGCAUUCCUUGCUAAAGAAUUUUAAGGUAUUGUUGGUACUAAUUAAAGUACUUUAAGAAUCAUCAUGCCAGAGAGAUUUGGUGAAAUAUUUAAUUAGUAGUCAUUAGAUUUGACAUAUUCACCCAGAAAAAUGAUUUUUCACGAACCUAGCAAGGCAAUAUUCAUUAUUGAAUCUGACAACCGAUCUUAUAACAAUGUUGAAUAGAAGGUAUAAGAAGUCUACUAGACUUAAGAAAUACCAGAACAAUGGAAUUAAGUUUAAGCUGAACAAUAUAAAUGGGCAUCAUUGAUUCGAAUAGUCGAUGCCACUAAAUUGGAAACUAUUAAUGUACAUCAAUUCUAUGAGAAUUAACACGCAUGUUCUAUUUGUUACAUUUAAUUUGCUGGCUACCCAGAGUAAUACGUCUGUGUAGGAACAGUGAAAGAUCUAGUGAAUGAGCCGACUAGAAAAUUCAGUCAAGGAUUCAUACAUACAUUUAUCUAUGAUAAUAAGACUUUAAAGUUAAAGCACUCAACACAAAUUGAUGAAAUCCCAUAUGCUUUGGCUGCUUGGAGAGGCAGAUUACUAGUUGGAGCUGGUUGCAAUCUUAGAGUUUAUGAGAUGGGAAAUCAAAGAAUUUUGAAGAAGGCAGAAAUCAAAAAUCUGAAUUCAUUUAUUACUUCAAUUAUGGUCAAAGAAGAUAGAAUUUACGUGGCUGAAGUCUCUGAUUCUAUUCAUCUUCUUAGAUAUAAUAUUAGAGAUCAGACAUUUAUGGAAUUGGCAGAUGAUAUACUACCUAGAUAUGUAACUGCAAGUACUGUUCUUGAUUAUCAUACUGUUAUUGCUGGAGAUAAAUUUGAAAAUAUUUUUGUUAGCAGAGUUCCGUUAGAUAUCGAUGAAGAAUAAGAGGAGCAUCCUUAUGAAUAUAAAAUGAAAAUGGAUCAGGGGUGCAUGAAUGGAGCUCCAUUUAAAAUGGAUUAGAUUUGCAAUUUUUAUGUAGGUGAAGUCAUCACUAGUCUCCAAAAAAUAGCACUAGUUUCCACCAGUUCUGAAGUAGUUGUCUAUGGAACAUCCAUGGGAUCAAUUGCAGCACUUUAUCCAUUCGAUAACAAAGAGGAUAUCGAUUUCUUCCUCCAUCUUGAAAUGUAUCUUAGAGUUGAGCAUCAACCUCUAUCCGGAAGGGAUCAUAUGUAAUUUAGAUCUGCAUAUGGACCUUGCAAAUCUAUAAUCGAUGGAGAUUUGUGUGAAUAGUUUGGAAAUAUGUAAUAUAACAAAUAGAGAACUGUCGCAGAAGAAUUUGAUAGGACUCCAGCGGACAUAAUAAAGAAACUUGAAGACAUAAGAAAUAAAAUUUUAUGAAUGUUUUUAAUUAUGCAAUAAUAAAAUACAACAUCAAUCAUUACUUAUUUAUUA